AUGGCUAUAGGCACAGGUGGAAUCAAACCAUGCACUAUUCUCUUUGCCAUUGACCAAUUUGACACAACUUCCCCUGAAGGAAAGAAAGGUGUAAGCAGCUUCUUUAGUUGGUACUGCGCUACACAAACGUUGUUCCAAUUGACCAGUUUGACAAUAAUAGUUUACAUCCAAAACAAAAACUGGGUAUUGGGGUUUGGCACACUAGGUGUGCUCAUGGUAUGUGCAGUUAUCCUUUUUUUUCCUGGAACAAAAGUUUAUGCUUACAUUCCACCAGAGGGAACCAUAUUUUCUGGUAUUGCACCAGUGUUUGUUGCAGCUUGUAAGAAACAUCGCCUCCAGAAUCCAUCAAAUGAAGAGAAUGCUUACUAUGAUCCCCUGUUGGAAGAUGAUGAAACGGUACUGAAGAUGCCUUUAACCAAACAACUUAGUUGUUUGAACAAAGCCGCUCUGAUACAAGACAAUGAACUUGAUGCACAAGGUCGAGUCACAAAUUCAUGGAGGAUUUGCAGCAUUCAGCAAGUUGAAGAAGUCAAAUGCUUGAUUAAAAUUAUGCCAAUUUGGGCUUCUGGGAUCCUCUGUUUCAUACCAAUCGCACAACAAAACAUCUUUCCUGUAUCCCAGGCCACGAAAUUGAACCGCCACUUAGGACCCCACUUUGAAAUUCCUUCUGCAUCAUGCAGUGUAGUGUCCUUGAUCACCAUUGGUAUAUGGCUCCCAUUCUAUGAACUCUUUGUGCAACCAGCUCUAGCAAAAAUCACCAAACAAAAAGAAGGACUUACAAGCCUUCAAAAGAUCAUACUUGGUAACAUGUUCUCAAAUCUCGCAAUGGUAACUGCUGGGUUGGUGGAAGGACAUAGAAGGGGUGUGGCUAUCUCACUUGGUGCACCAAUGUUUGCCACAUGGCUAGCCCCACAAUUCAUAUUGUUAGGAUUUUGUGAAGUAUUUACCAUUGUUGGACACAUUGAAUUCUACAACAGUGAAUCGCUGGAGAGAAUGAGAAGCAUAGGUAGCAUAGGUCAUGCAGGUUACCGGUUCUUGAAAGCAAAAAUUGAAGCAAUAUAA